UUGAAGAACCCCAAUAACCACACAAAUUUCUUCUACUUCAACAUCCUACUCUUGGAUUUUUCUCUCUACCUCAAAUCUCAUAAUUCCUUUCUCAAGCAUAUUGAUCAUGGCUUUCAUUGCAGACGCUGCUCUCUCUGCUUUCUUUGACUCGUUGUUUGCAAAGUUUUCCUCUUCCAACUUCAACUUUGUCACUGAGAAGCAGGUUCGCAAGGAGAUUAUGACCUGGGAAACUAAAUUGCGGGAUAUCCAUGCCGUUCUUGCUGAUGCAGAGGAGAAGAAAAUGGAGAACCAGACUGUCAAGAAUUGGCUGGCGGACCUCCAAGACUUGGCUUAUGACGUGGAUGACAUCUUGGACGAGUUUGCCACUCAAGCUUUGGGGCGUAAGUUGAUGAAAGCACAUCAGGCCAGCACUAGUAAGGCACAAAAAUUUCUUAAUAGUUUACAUCCAAGUUCAAUCAUGUUUAACUAUAAGAUGAUGUCCAAGAUCAAAGACAUUACAGGAAGAUUGGAUGAUUUAGCAACAAGAAAGAUUAACCUGCGACUAGAGAAUUACGUUGGAGGCCCCAUUACAAUACCAAAAAGCAAGCCAAGCACUUCUCUGGUGAAUGAAGAUGAGAGGUCCAGCCUACAAAAGCAAAUGGAAUACAGUCUGUUAGCAAACAACCCACUAAACUACAUGUCACUCCAUUCCACUUUUUAA